CGGUCUCUUAGGGAGAAAGGCGGGGCCUUUGCCCCGCGCUCAUGCGCGCCGCCGGGGCGAGGGCGGGCUGCGGACCGCUGAGGGAAGGGCCGGGAAAUGCUGUGCCUGCUGGAGAAGCUACCGCCGGCGCGGGCCCGGGAGUUCCUUCAUAAGAUAGUCGAUGGCAUAUGUGGCCGGGCAUACCCUCGGUACCAGGACUAUGGCGGUGUUUGGAGUUUGGCGGAGUGGAUGGAGGUUUUGGGAGAAACAAGGAGGUAUUUCAAAACUGCAGUUGGCAAGAACUUGUCUGAUGAAGAGGCUGCUCAGCAGAUACAGGAGUUAAAUGAAAACUAUCAAGAAGCGAUCACAAAGUGUCUAAAAGGCAGAAAGGAAGAAAUCAGGAAUGCACUGGUAGAAAGAGUAAAUGCAAUAUCAUGUGCCCAGCUGCAGGAUUUUGACUGGCAAUUAAAGCUUGCUCUUUCCAGUGAUAAGAUCUCCAUGCUGCAAAUGCCACUUCUCAAUCUUGAUUUGGAUGUGAGAGAAAACGGUGAAAUUAAACCAGUUUCUAUAGAAAUGAAUAAGGAAGAGCUGCAGAACCUAAUAAAUGCACUGGAAGCCGCUAAUAAGGUUGUCUUGCAAAUGAAAUGACAGAAUUCAGAUCAUCGAUAAUGUCUGCUGGCAAUGGCUUCCCAAUUGACUUGGGGAAAAAAAAAGAAACAUUCUCUGCAAAGUCAGAAGCUGUUCAUGCUGUCAAAUGCUGAACUGAGAAGGCAGUUAUGACUUGUGACCAAAUACACUAAGUCUCUUAUGAAACUAACAAAAUCUUUUUCUGUUAAACCAAAAAUACAAAAUUCAGUGUGCAGUUGCUUUUAGUACUAAAGGUUUAUAGAAAUAUGAAAAAGUAUAACUUUUGUGCUAUAAUGUGCUAUUUGUUUCAGUUAAAUUUUGGGGGGUGACUCUGCAGGUGCCUAGUACAACUAAGGAGUCUUAGUUGCAUAGUAUGUUGUUCAUAUCUAAAGUGCCAUGAUAAUGAAGAACACAACAUCAUAUUUGUAUCAGUGAUGUAUUUAUACUUGUAAAUAGUGAAUAAAUAGUUGAUUGUGUGUGUAUUGUUGCAAUAAA